GCGCACUUGCAGCAAGUGUUUAUUGCGAAAAAGAAUAAAAUAUGAAAAGCACAUCGAGAAAACCUAAGAUGCCAUAUAGCUAACUGGUGGUCAUCAGAAGAUCAUUAUGGCGGCAUUACGCACCUAACGAUGGCCAUUCUAUUGGGAAACAGUCGUAUCCUUUCGCGGCAUUCAGUCGGUAGAUCCAUUUCAACGAUGGCCCUGUGGCAUUCGCUUCGCCUGAGCAACCGUUACAUCAGCAGGCACGUGCUCCUCCUGCUGCGCUUCUACCUGGCGCAGUUCUAUUACCUGGGAUUGAUGCGCCUUCGCUACGAUGAGUCCUGCAACGAGCUGCGAUUGACGUAAUUGACGAGGCUUUGGUGCGCCUUCUUCUUCACGCUGGCACUCCUGGAUCCCUAUCCCCUGAUGCUGCAUCUCCAGCUAGUGGGAUUCUCCUGCUGGCUGUUAAUCCAGCCAAGAGAAGUCAUCGAGGAGCGGAGACGGGUGAUAAACCGAAUCAUGCGACUUUUGCCGCAGCUCCAUCGGCUCUGCAGGCGAAAGGUGGAGCUGUCCUGGUUUGUGGCCUUCCAGUUGGUGCUCAAGCUGCUUGUCUUUCGGUUGUUCUACAAGGGACUGCUGGGCCCUACAAACGCCGCCUGGAAAGCGCUCUUCAUUGUGCUCUUCGUAGUGCCUAUUUCACUGGCCAUUUGGGUGAUAGACGUCACCUCGCAUCUGAUUAGCAUUGUGCUCGCCCUGCUGCUAAAGUCCUUCGAGCUGGUGAACAGUGAAAUGGCGGCCAUUGACGAGAGGCUCUGUUUGGAGAUCCUGCGAUCGGAUUACCGAGCGGUCAGAAGGCUACAGAGGCGCCAGAUUUCGCUGCAGCGGUUGCAUCGAUCCUAUGUCAAGGUCACCCGGCAAUGCAUAGAUUGCCUGAGCCCCCAGUUGGUUCUCAUCGUUCUCUACAACCUGAGCUCCAUCUACACUUUUUCCAGUGGCGUAUGGCGGCGCAUCUUUCAGAUCGCGGUCAUCGUCAACACGCUGCGCUCUCUGCUGCACACCCUCGACGAGCUGGUGGCCACUACUGGUGCUCCGCAGGACACCUCCUGGAUGCAUGUGGCGCGAUUGCUUCAGUUCGAAGGGGUCCUGGCCACGCAUGGCUGGUUGCAGCGGAAGGACUUCCGCUGGAAGCUGCAGGAUACCGACAGUUUUGGUCAGAGCGUAAGAAGCAGCUUCUUCCAAAGAAGGCUGUUAGUCCUGGGAUUGGUUACUCCCAACAAACGACUCCUGUUUCGCAUCGCCUUCGCGUUCUGCUGUCUCCUGCAUCUGCACUAUAUGCUCAAGAAAUCUGCUUUGGUUGCCGAGAAGGAAAUCUUUAUCGGUUUGGAAGUUAUCACAAAACCCAAGCAUUAGAAAGCAAUGUUAAUUAUUCAUUGAUUGUUAAGCUAUGAACACUCCCUUACUUAAUUAAUACAAAACAAAUGGAAUCUUAUCAGUACAUUAGCUUGCAAGUUUAGAGAAGUAGUUAUGGGUUUAAGAGCACGUUAAAGGUUAAGAAUGCAGGAAAAUAUUGUAAGUCAUGAUUAAUGUAGCCGAGGCGCCCUUUGUUUAUUAAAGACCGAGGAAAGUUGCUCUUCUUCGCGACGGUAAACCUCGACAACUAUGCAGUUCCUUUGCCAGGAUGAGCCCAUUUCUCAAACGCUUUGAUUAACUUUCUGCAGGAGCUCUCGGGUCGCCUUUAAGACAUUUAUCAUCUAUUUAUUGCACUCCAAAUAAUAUUUGUUCAAUAUAACACGCACUUUACAAGACUGAGUCUGCUCCACGGGAACUGAAAAGCCAUCUGCCGCUACCGGGUAAUUUUAAAUAAUUUAUGCAUUCGCCCCUUCUGUAACAUGCACAAAAAUAACAAGGGAAGCCUCCAUAUUCUCCGGCCAACGGGCCACAUCGCAGUGAGACCCAUUCCCAUUCCUUGAUAUAUGUAAUUGCAUGGCUGGCCGAGCACUUGAGGUGCCGGGUCCUGAACCGGCUCCUUGAGCGCCCUCUCCGAUCCUCACACAUGCCCAUGCUUCCUGCCGCCCUGCUUUCGUCCUUGCUCCUUCCUGGCAAGAUGGGGAUGCGGAUCCAUAAAUCAUUUUUAAAACAUUACAUCAACGAAUGCGACUACGUAGAAGUAUUUUAUGUAUACAAUUUUGCACCUCCUAAAGAGGCACAAGAUUUAUAGUUAAGUGGCUCCAGGGACGAACAACACACCUGCAAAUCCUCUCCAGGAUUGUCACAACAAGGUUGAUUAAAUUUUUCAACUGACUUUGGCACAGUUUUGCCAACCGAUUUAUAGCCACAGUUCGCUUUCGUUUUUCGCCAUCUAAUGGUGUUUAUUUCUUUUACUUCCAUUGCCGAAAAAACAUUGAAAGUCAAUUAAACUUUUAUGCACGCAAAGGCAAAGAGUCGGUCAAA